AUUACCCUGCGAGAUGGAUACACAGAUUGAAUAUCCAACCACCUUGAUUUUCUAAAAAAUCUUCUCCCACCACCACCACCCUUCCAUCAAUCUCCCAAUUUCGAAACUUUCUUCCAUCUUUUCCCACCUCCACCCCACAUCUACACAAAUACAACGUCAAAAUCGCAAUCCCAAUCCUAAUCCCAAUCCCCAAUCCCCAAUCCCCAAUCAACUUUGUACACACACAUUUUCAUACCUACCUACACUACGUUUUUGCACAUCGCAAUAAAAAUAUACUCUUGCUACUUUUUGUUCACUUUAACGGCCUCACAUAAUUUUUUGAAAAUUGAAAGUCGAGUAAAGAAACGUUAAAUCAAUAAACGUUUUCUUCCCUCUUCCUUCUACCUCAAGAAGUAGAGACCCUUCUUGUGAUAUCCUUUCGGUCCGCUGAAAGGUAUUCGAGAAGAGUUCUCGCAUUGAAAGGUCGUCACCCUGGACUUUGACGCUAGAAUCCCGAUCCCCUUCAGCAUCUUCCCGUCGUCGUAUAGAAGCGACGCCGCUGCCCAACCCAUUCAUAUCACCGAGACUCACGUCGAAGGUGAAAUCACUUUACCCCAUCAUCACGAGCGCGUCGGACGGGAAGGUCAAGAAGAGGACGCUCAAUCUGUUUAUUCUCAACAUCAACAUCAUCACCAUCAUCAACUGGAACAACAACACACCCUUCCUCACCCACCCCCUCCCCAACACCACGAGGAACAUCAACACCAACACCAACAUCAACAUCAACAUCAACACCAACAGGAGUACGUGGAAGAAGAAGUUCACAUUAUCCGUGAAGAAGACCGACGUUCUGAAUACCGCCCGAGCCGACACGAACAAGAACAAGAACUAGUAGAAGAAGAAGUUUAUAUUCGUGAAGAACGCAGGUUAGUAGUAAAAAUCCAUUUCUUUACCAUUCAAUCCAUUCACCAUUUCCCCCCAAAAUCCACUAUCAAGAAAUCAAAAGGAGAAGAGGAAAAUCAAAAACGAUACACACAAGCUUCGACUUGCCAAAAGAAGAGAAGAGAAAAAAAAGAACAUCCACAAAAUGUCUACACCUACAUUUCCACCCCUUCACCUCUUUUUCACAAUUUUGGUACCAUUUCCUAUUUUUCUCAGUUAUACAACAUUUUUCGAUCUGGCCAUAUCGGAAGGUCCCAGUCCCCCAAUUAACAAUUAACUGGGUCCUUCUGAGACAAAUUUGCCAGCUUUUCUUGUUUUUUAUUACGACGCACAGUCCAACGAUCUUCGGUUUAGUCCCAGCCCCCCCUUACCCCAAAAUACAUGGGCUAUUUUUUCUUUUAGUGUUGACACAGUAACGCUCACCGUUUAAUUUUCUUCAUUAACUGACCUUUGGUUUUCUUUACCUUCCUUUAGACCAGAACACAAACACAAACACCACUCUGCUUCCUUCGAUCUUAACACCCCACACCAUCACCGACACUUCGAAGCUUCUUUCGAUAGAGAAAGUGAUCAUCACCACAAGCACACCGAAGUUAAUAUCGAACUUCCCCGUCGUGAACACCAUCAUCCCCAUCAUCAACGUCGUCCAUCCUCUGAGGUAGACUUCCAAUUAGAACGUACACGUCAACCUCGCUACGAACCUUCCGAAGUUGAAUCUCAAUACUCUGUUCCUUUAAAGAGUCCUGCCGAGACCAACAUCGAUUUCGUCGAACGUCAAUACCGUUCUCGAACUCAACCAAGCUUCAAGGAAGACACUGCCAUCGUCGACCCUCCCAAAUCUCGUGCUUCUGAACCCAGAUACAUCGAGGAGACCCGCAUCACCGAGACUACUAUCGUCCCAGCCCCUAGAUCUACGCACUCUCACAAACCCAAGUCAACCUUCCACGAAGAACAAUUCGAGGAAGUUCACGUCAAACAACCUCGCACACCAGCUCGAUCUACUUUCACCGAAGAAGUUCGUGAGAAUCAACUCGUCAAGUACUCUCCACCCGCACCUAAAUCUACCACAAGUUUCAAACCAGUCAAUAUCGAAAUGGGUUACUACGAUGAAGAAGGUAAGCUUUCUUUGUUUGUUUUUUUUAUCUAACCCCCUCAUGUACCCUAAGAAGAAUAAUCAGGGAAUUACCACUCCUUGCGUGGGGAAUAUUUCCAUGGACACGGGAACGGGAAGGAUAUUUACCAGGACCCAAUUGACUCUCUCGAUUUAGCCGGAGCCGCAGCCGUUGCUACUCCAAAGCAACCUGCCAACACCGUUACCAUCCCUUGCCACCACAUCCGUAUGGGUGAUCUCUUGAUGCUCCAAGGACGUCCUUGCCAGGUUAUCCGUAUCACCACCUCCGCUGCCACUGGCCAACACCGUUACUUGGGUGUCGACCUCUUCACCAGACAAUUGAAUGAAGAGUCAUCUUUCAUCGCCAACCCAAGCCCAAGCGUCGUUGUCCAAACCAUGUUGGGUCCAGUCUUCAAGCAAUACCGUGUUCUCGAUCUCCAAGACCAGAGUGGUAAGUUUCCCACCAUCUCUUCUAUAAGUAUCUUAUCCUAACACUCUACCAGUCGUCGCCAUGACCGAGACCGGAGAUGUCAAGCAAGCCAUUCCCGUUUUGGACCAAUCCAACCUCUGGACCCGUCUCAGGGAGGCCUUUGAAGGUGGACGUGGUAGCAUCCGCAUCAUGGUCGUUGCCGACGGAGGUCGUGAGAUCGCCGUUGACAUGAAGACCGUCCACGGAUCCCGUCUAUAGAUUUCCUGUACCAGUCAUACCAUGGCGUCCUACCGGCAAAUAUCCAGUGGCCUUCCAGGGUGGAGACUUUUUCUUUUUCAUCAUGAUUUCUUUGUGCAUUUUCGGAGGGAAAAUUUGAAACGUAUGAUGGCGGUAGAUAUGGAUUCAGAUUGAUUAAUGAGGGAUGAAAUUUGGACGAUCGGGUUUUAUCUGGUCUUUCGGAUUAUUUAGUUUAACGACGUAUUCAAGUAGUCCUUUGAUGCUAUUCAUGUUGAUACUACUUUGGUGGUAUUAGCAAGAUGGUUGAGAGGGUCCUUGAUGCUGAGGUCUUUUUCUACUUUGUAAUUGUGUAAAUAGGAGAAGACCCAGAAUGAAAACACGCUGCUUGUCUUUUUACUUUAAUU